CGCGCGCCGGCGGCCGUGGUAUCGCCCAAGGCGGAAGGGGCUCCUGGACAGAACCUGUUCGCUGGCGCAGAGAUGGCUGCGGGCGUCCCCUGCGCGCUAGUCACCAGCUGCUCAUCCACCUUUUCCGCAGACCGGCUAGUCCAACAUAUCCUUGGAACAGAAGAUCUUAUUGUGGAAGUGACUGCCAACGAUGCCGUGAGGUUUUAUCCCUGGACCAUUGAUAAUAAAUACUAUUCAGCAGAUAUUAAUCUGUGUGUGGUGCCAAACAAAUUUCUCGUCACUGCAGAGAUUGCAGAGUCUGUCCAAGCAUUUGUGGUUUACUUUGACAGCACACAAAAAUCUGGUCUCGAUAGUGUUUCCUCCUGGCUUCCACUGGCAGAAGCAUGGUUACCUGAGGUGAUGAUCUUGGUUUGCGAUAGAGUGUCUGAAAAUGGUGUAAACCGACAGAAGGCUCAAGAGUGGUGUAUCAAACAUGGCUUUGAAUUAGUAGAACUUAGUCCAGAAGAGUUGCCUGAGGAGGAUGAUGACUUCCCAGAAUCUACAGGAGUAAAGCGAAUUGUUCAAGCCUUGAAUGCCAAUGUCUGGUCCAAUGUAGUGAUGAAGAAUGAUAGGAACCAAGGCUUUAACCUUCUCAGCUCAUUGGCUGGAGCAAACCAUAGCACUGGAUCAGCAGAGACCUGCCACUCAGAGCAGCCCCAGUUGCCAGCAGCAGAGAGGACUGAACCCCUCUUGGAUAAUCGAGGUGGUGCAUCUAAUACAACAGACACUCAGGUCGAUAGCAUCGUGGAUCCCACUUUAGACCUGGAUAUUCAAGAACUAGCCAGUCUUACUACAGGCGGAGGAGAUUUGGAGAAUUUUGAAAGACUAUUUUCAAAGUUAAAAGAAAUGAAAGACAAGGCUGCGACGCUUCCUCACGAGCAAAGAAAGUUGCAUGCAGAAAAGGUGGCCAAAGCUUUCUGGAUGGCAAUUGGGGGAGACAGAGAUGAAAUUGAAGGCCUUUCAUCUGAUGAAGAACACUAAAUUAUUCAUGCUAGGGCUUGACUAGCAAAGACCCUAGCUCUCUCUACCUGAGAUACUUCCCUACUCAACCCAGUCAUCUUUUGCUGAACUCCCCAUCAUCAUGUUGGCCGCCUGACUUGUUUAUAGGCUCCCGUGAAUUUUAGUUUUUAGUAGGGGGUAAAGCAGAAGUCUCUUCUCCCUCAGAAUAUCGUAAGGGAGUGAGAAUGACAGUAAGGAGUGCGAAAUUCUCAAAUACACAUUUUUGCUCUAGGAACAGGAGUGGGAUGAGGCUCAAAGGCCUGUGUGAUAUGCACAAGUUAAAGAAGAAGAACCACCAAGCCACUCGUAGUCAGUCUUUUAAGCAGCAUUCCCUGCGUUCACACUUAAUCACUGCAGAUCGGGAGCUUGUGCCACCUUUCCUGGGUUCUGGAUUUUUUCUGUCAAGGAACUUGCUGCUCUGAGGUUUGAUGCUUUUGAUGGGAGGAAAGAUUUAAUUUGUGCUGUAGUAUAGACUAUCUGCCAAAGCCACUGGCCCUCAGGUUAGUCUCUAGCUAAAAAAAAAAAAAAAAAAAAAUGCAUCUGGGCAUUUCAUUUGAAAUAUAGUAUCUGAGCUCAUGCUAGAAAGUAUUGAGAAACCAUUGUGAAUUUUUAGACUGUAAUAAAUGAUGCAAGGGUUUCCCACUCUGGUAGGGAUAAAAUAAACCCUUCUCUACCAAGUUGUGGGUCUGUCGGUAUGCGUGUGUAAGAGAGAGAGAAGCUUAAGGAAUUCCCUCUAUAGGCCACUGAACCGGUAUGAUCAUAUCCUGAGAUUUUUGCAUGAGUGUUAACGUGGAGAAAGUUUUCUUUCUUAGAGUUUGCUACUUGAGAUGGCAGAGCUGUGUUGUCACAACUCAUACCCUCAAAACAAGGCAAGUUUCCUUUUCUCUUUCUGAAAGCCAGAGAUCACUGCCAAAAUAGUAACACUAAGGAGUGGGCGUGGUGGGAAAGGAUAUGAAAUGUUAGGCAGUGAAUCCCUGAGUACCUUGUGUUACUUCCAGGGCUGGGUGGGUCAGCUCCAGGGGAACUGAUCACCAAGGGGAACGUUUCCUGAGGAAGAGUGGGAAAUACAGCAAAUGUAAUCCUUAUUUCUGUUUUCGUAGGCGCUUCGUAAUGCAUGUCAUGAGCCUUCACUGUGGCAGUCACUGCCAUGGCUCUAAACUGGCUCAGGGCACAUGGCCUGAGAACUGCUGCUGGCCUAGUGUGGGUAGGAACCUCUUAGGUCACCAGCAGAAACAAGUUUCAGACACCUUUGUGCAACUCCUUCUAAGCACUGCAGAACCUGACAGAUGGCAGAAUGACUGGAUUGCUUCAGGUUCCGGGCCAGGGCGACUGCAGGGGGGAAGGUUUCAGUGAUUGGAGCCUUUCCAGGGAACAUUGGAGGCUAUCUUGCUUGAUACUUCUUUCUUUUCUUUUCUUUUCUUUUUUCUUUUCACUAUUCUGAAGGUCUUUGAGACUGUAGUUUACCAUCAUUCCUUCAGUGUUUCUUUGAGGUGACUGCAUCAGCCAUUGACUGGGAAUAUAAGGGAAGCUGGCUCUGGGGUUGCGAGAUGAAAGGUGGAACAUACUUUUCUUAAAACAUGAAAGGUUUCAGAAAAUACAUUAGGUCACGUGGUUAGGGAAAACAGACUAGAAAAAGCUGUGAACUUGAUUUUGUGGAUUAAACAAAGCCAGGUGAUUAAAAUGUGAUUUAUUUAUGAA